AGCGGAUUGAAAAAUAAAAAUAUUGCCCCCAUUGAUUCACGGGACAAAUUCAAAUAUUUGUUCUUUUCACUUUGCUCGUUGUUAUCGAUUGAGAAACGAUGAGAAUUAGUGUGUUGGCCGACGCUCUUGUGUCCAUCUGCAAUGCAGAAAAGCGUGGUAAAAGACAGGUUUUAAUUCGUCCAGCCUCGAAGGUCAUCACUAAAUUUUUAAUUGUCAUGAUGAAACAUGGUUACAUCGGAGAGUUUGAAAUUAUUGAUGAUCAUCGUGCUGGAAAAAUUGUUGUAAAUCUUAAUGGUCGGUUAAAUAAGUGUGGUGUGAUCAGUCCAAGAUUCGAUAUCUCAGUCCGCGACAUAGAAAAAUGGGCAACAAAUUUGCUUCCUUCGCGUCAAUUUGGAUUUCUUGUUUUGACAACAUCAAGUGGAAUUAUGGACCAUGAAGAGGCAAGGAGGAAGCACACCGGAGGGAAAAUAUUGGGAUUUUUUUACUAAUCAUGUUUUGUCUCCAAAUGUAGAAUAAAUCCUUCGAAAAUA